AUGGGACUCCUUCUAUCGAGUUCGUUUACUCGGACUUAUAUAACGAUCAACUUCUACAUGGAGGAAAGGGCGAGGGCACCACAUCUCAUCGUAACCAAAAAAUUCCAUUCAUUCGAGUUUCUUUUGUUUCUUUUUAGUAGGGUUAUCAUCGAAAGUGGAACCGGAUCGAGUCUACUGGGCGGCCAAGCUAUUCCAUCAAUGCAUCAUAUCAUAAAAAUGGGAAAUGCCCGUUUUCAUGAUAUGUAUUUUUAUGUUUUGAUUAAUGCUUUCGUAGUGAAUGUUCCCUUUGAUCCGAUCCUGUGA